GUACCCUAGCACAGUGUAAGAGACGAAAGGUCUUGGUCCGGUCGGGUCCGAGUCCGCUUCCCCGAGUCAUCUUCUGCCACCCGCCUCCCCGUGAGCUAUUGGCCUUUCCUUACUCUCGCCGCCAGCCCGCCGGUGCGCCCUCAACGGCCCGCGGCUUGCCGGAAUCCGUCCCGUGUCGAUCGUCAAGUCCGAGCACCGCGGGGAUGGGGAAGAAGGAGGCCCGGGAGGCAGCCUCGAGACCCUCGACGAUUGGAUUCACUCGGCCGCCUCCCGCUCCAGUUCAAAACGGGGGGUUUGUUGUAUUAAAUCUGGAUGGCACUCCCGAAGACGUAAGAAUAAGUUGGCGUGCCACUGUCGGCGUACAGAUUGUGGUGUUUCAAUUCAACGCCAGACCGAUAUCAAUUUGGUCACGAAGCCAGAAGAAGUUGCAUGUUGCCGCAAUCUGGACACUUCUUAGUUACUUGCAUUUCGGAGGGAAAUGGCUUUGUGCAGUAAUUCAUGGGCCAUCUGGCUACCUAGAUGGAUACACAACGCAAAGCACAGGAGAAGGUCUCAGAGUAAAAGAAAAUAUGUCUGAUAAGAAAGGAUCUAGAGGAAUAUACAUAGAAAGGUCUGAGUUGCUUCCAUGGGACGGUGGCUACAUGUACGCUGCGAAAUGCCGUGUUGGACAUUUGGGUUUGAUAAACUCAUUUUCAAGCAUCUAUAAGACUGUUCAAGGCAUUGGUCCCGAGCUUAAGGAUCAGACAGUGAUAUCCCAUGGAGAAACACUCAUCCUCCAUAUCUCAGAGGCAGGAAGGUCUGACAUUUUAUUUUCUUUUAUCGAUAGCAAUUUCAUCUCCGGAUGCCUCCUGGGCAACGACCUUCUUUAUUCCGCCAGACACUGGAGGUCGAAAUCUGAAAAACCACUGCGCAAAAUGGAGGAAGUAUAUUCACCUGAGCUUGCGGAUAAGAGUAAAGGAAGGAUGAUAAAUCAAGGAGCCCCCAGGUCUGAGGGUAGGAGGAUAGCUAAGUUUGCUGAUAAGAAGAAAGGAAAUAUGGCAGAUGAAGGAGCAAAGCUGGUAGAUAAGAAGGGAAGGAUAGCAGAUGAAGAAAAAGAAUAUGGAGUUGAGCUUGAGGAAGAAUUGUCUGUUCUCGAAGACAUCAGACUGCUCCAUAAGCCGAAUUACACACGUGAAUUGUUCUGCCUGGAUAAGAUGGUUGUACAUCUUGCUGCAGGGCGCCCGGUGAGCAAUGCAUUAGAAGAAUAUCUGAGGCCCCGGGCGUCAGAUCCGGAUUCAGAGUAUCUUGUCACGCCAUUCAGCAAGUUUAAUCGUUCCCAGGAGGAAAAGAAAAAAGAAACUAACCCAGACAUUGAGAAAACAACUAGCGACAUGAAACGCCUGCGUGCUAAGUUGUCAGAUAAUCUGCAUAAAAGCCUAAACGCCGUACCCAAUGUUAACAUGGCAGUAAACAGAGCAGGCAUUGCAAAUCUUGGAAAUACAUGCUACGCAAGUUGCACUUUGCAAUCUCUGCAUUCGAUUGGGGAACUCAAAUCUGCAUUGUAUAGCUAUCCAGACGAUGUGCAGGUUAAUGAGGAUCAAAAAUCACAUAAUUUGACUAUUGCCACGCGAAACAUGUUCCAUGAGCUUGAUCAAAAUACUGGUACUGUUCAGCCCCAGCACUUCUUACAGACGCUACGGGAAUCAUCCCCACAGUUCAAAGAAAAGGAAGGUGAUGGGUACAGGCAACAGGAUGCCGCGGAAUGCUGGACACUUUUGGUGAAUACAAUUUCAUCGACUCUUACAACACAAGCAAGUGAUCCAGCAUCUGCACCAAUAAAAAAUAUUUUCAAGAUUGAUCUUCUGGAGAGGCACCACUGCACAGCGAAUGGUGAGGAUAAAGAAUACAAAAAUUCAGUUUAUGAUCUGAAGUGUUCUAUCUCUGAUCGUGUACAUCACCUCAACGAAGGACUUAAGCUCCUACUUAAAAAUUCAGUUCGAGCGUGCUGGUAUCCGAGAAGGAAGGCAAAUAAAAAUGAAAAAUGAAGUGCAAUAUCCAUUGGAGUUGGAUGUUCUCGACUUUUGUUCAGCUGAGCUCAAAACUAAAAUCCAAGCUUGUCGACAGCAGUUGAUAGGUGCAGAAAAUGCUGGGUGCAACUCACUGAGUACUCAUGUGGAAUCAUCUUCAUCAGAUAUGUACAAAGGCAAGUAAUGUUUUGAAAUUUUGUUGUUGGCAUGGAUUAUGAGUCCAAGGACUCGUCAAGACUAGUCUAUAGACUAGUCUAUGAGUCUCAACUCCAGGACCGACUACAGUUCAGUGUCGACUAGUGUCAAUUAGUCAUGCUUAGUCUAUGAGUCUCAACCUCGGAACGACUCGUCGACUCAUCGACUCGUAAACCUUGUGUUAGAGUUAUAAUAUAAGUCAUGUAUACCCCUUUGUAUUUAUCCCGUAGUAUAAGGGGUUUCCUGCAUAUGUACCACACCUGUACAUGUAUAUAUAUUGGCCUAUGGCCUCAUGGGAAUACAAGUUGCUUAUUCCUAACAUGGUAUUAGAGCUAGGUCAAUUUUUUGCACGCUGCAACUCGUGCUAUUGAUCUGUCCCGAUCUGAGUCGGCCGACGUCGCCGUCCUCCUGCUCGAAGUCGUCGUCGACUGCGGCUCCUCCCGCUCGAAGCUCCCUCCCGCUCCCGCGGAGUCGGCCGCUCCCUCCCGCUCCCGCUCGAAGCUCCCUCCUGCUCCCGCGGAGUUGGCCGCCGCUGCUCCUGCUCGUCCGCCCCUCCCGCGACUGCCGUUCGUCGCCGCGGCCGCUCCCGCCCGACGACUCCCUCCCGCUCGAAGUAGGCCGCCGCCGCCGCUCUCCCCGGCUCGGCCACCGCGACCUGCGGGCCCCCGUACCCGGGCGGCUCCUUCCCGUUGCCCCGCCAGGCUCCUCUGCUUCCGCCCGGUGCCCGGGCAGCUCCCGCUCGAGCCCUCUCGCCGGUUCGAUCUCCUCAUGUUCGGCUGGGCUGCCGUCUGCGGUUUGUCCU